AUGUCUGUGCCGAACGUCGCCAUCGGGGCUUCAUCUCGAAAGGACGGUUUGGAGGCCGCAGACUUUGGGGAUGAUUUCACCCACAGCACUGCAGUGAAGCCUACUGACCAGCUAGAGCUCUCUGAGGCUGAGCUGAAGGAGGAGUUCACCAGGACUCUCACAGCCAACAACCCUCAUGCCCCAGACAACAUCGUACGUUACAGCUACAAGGAGCGCACGUUCAAACAUAUCACAAUGAGCCAGCUCGCAGUUCAUUUUGUUCUGGAGCCGAGUCUGCUGCACCAGGACUCAGAGGAGGCGCAGAGGCUCAGAGCCAAGGAGACGCUCAUCGCAUCUGUGGAGGUGGAACAUGAGGCAGAGAAACCAGAGACUCCGGCCACUCCGGUGGAGGAAGGGGAGGAGCCUGCAGACGAGGACAGACCAGACAGCGCCGCCUCAAAACUAGACAAAAAAGAACCUCACAAGAAGCUCACAAACCAGUUUAACUUCAGCGAGAAAGCCACACAGACACUCAACAACUCUACACAGCGGGAGAUUUAUGAUGCAUAUGUAAAGGAGCUGGACAAACAAGAGAGAAACAAGGACAAACAGGAGAGCAAAAGAGAGGAGACCGAGAAGAGACUGACAGCAGACACACAGGGUGAUUAUCUGAACAAACUUUCCAAAGCUGCAAAGAUCAUGGAGCGGAUGGUGUACCAUAACGUAUUUGACUCAAUUCUACAUGAUUUUAAAUACUUUGAGGAUCCUGCGGACGAGGGGCGACAGGAGGGAACGCUGCUUCCUCUAUGGAACUUUCAGUUCGACAAGGCCAAGGAGCUGUCCGUCACUGCCCUCUGCUGGAAUAAGAAGUACCCCGAUCUUUUCGCCGUUGGAAUGGGCUCAUACAAGUUUAACAAUCAGUCUGGUGGGCUGCUCUUGUUCUACUCUCUGAAAAACCCAUCGUACCCGGAGUAUAUCUACUUCACAUGGUCUGGUGUCCUGUGUGUGGACGUGCAUGAGCAGCGCACCCACCUGGCAGCAGCGGGCUUCUACGAUGGCUCUGUGGCCGUAUUUAACCUUCACGUGAAAGGCCAGGCCCCCCUGUACAAGAGCACGUUCAGGAGCGGCAAGCACACCGACCCCGUGUGGCAGGUUCAGUGGCAGAACGACGACAUGGACGACAACCACAACUUCUUUUCUGUGUCGUCUGAUGGCCGUGUGGUCUGCUGGACUCUGGUCAAGCAUGAGCUGGUGCACAGUGACAUCAUCUACCUGACCGUCAGCCUGUCCGAGAAGGAGACCAUCAACGGUGCAUCUGACCCAGCUCUGAUUGUGUUUUCAGCCUGUCUCACCUCUUUUGACGUCCACAAACAAAUCGACGACCUCUUCCUUGUGGGCAGCGAAACAGGAAAGAUCUACAAGUGUUCUAAGAGUUGCUCAUGUCAGUACUUGGACGUAUAUGACGCUCAUGUGAUGGCUGUAGAUUCAGUGAAGUGGAACGAGUUUCAUCCCAAAGUUUUCAUGUCCUGCAGCUCAGACUGGACUGUGAAGAUCUGGGACCACACUGUCAGUGCUCCCAUGUUCACCUUUGACCUUCGCUCUGCUGUGGGAGACGUAUCCUGGGCCCCGUACUCCUCCACUGUGUUUGCAGCUGUCACUACAGAUGGGAUAAUCCACGUCUUUGACCUGAAUGUGAACAAAUACCAGGCUCUGUGUCAACAACAAGUCACCAUCAAGAAGCACCUGACACACGUGACCUUUAACCCCCUGCACCCCAUCCUCAUCGUGGGGGAUAACAGAGGACAUGUGAGCAGCUUUAAACUGUCUCCUAACCUCAGGAAACAGCCAAAGACGAAGAAGCACCAGGAGCAGUCUAAAGGUCCAGAGGUCGAAGUUGCCAAGAUGGAGAGGCUGCUGUCUCCGCUCAGGGACUCAGAACUUAACUCUGUGCACUAA